CAGGCUGGAUGUGGCUCUGGGCAGCCUGGUCUAGUGGUCGGCGACCCUGCACUCAGCAGGGGGCUUGAAACUCAAUGAUCUUUGAGGUCCUUUUCAACCCAGGCCAUUCUGUGGUUCUAUGAUACUUUCCUUGUGGACGGUUUCUUAUCACUGAAGAAUGAAAAGGAAUUACUUUGUUCUGUUUUGUGGGUUUUUAUGUUUGUUUGUUUGUUUUCAGUGCUCUGUCUUUGCUGAUGAAAUGAAGUGUAGAGAGUUACUUUGCUCAUAUUCCUUUGACCGGGAUCUAACUCAGAACUUAUUUUUGUUUUUAUGUAUUGAUCAGUGAUGAUUCCCUGUUACCUGAUCACUGUGCACCCCUAACAAGAGUUAGUGAAGAAGCUUUAUGAACUGCAAGAACUAAUUAUUGAAUUUUGUUACUGUUUUUUUCUCCCCCCUUUAAUCUCUUCAGAUGUUGAAUACAAUCCUCUCUUUGCUCUGAAUGCUAAUUCAAGCAGAGCUCAUAGUUAUUUCAUUGUUAAUUUUUAAACCAGUCUGGGGUUUAUGUUAACUUUAUAGAAUAAAAAAUUAAUUCUGAUUUUUCUCUAGUGUUGUAUGCACAUGUUUCUUGGAAACAGUAUGCCAUAGCUGACCGCAAUAGGGUGAAAAGCUCUGCGAAGAAGAUGAAAUGUUUAGGUUUCCUUGACAAGAAAAACGUCUGGGAAAUGCCCACGUAUUUUCAAAAAUAGGGAAAGUUAUGAUCCUAUAUACAUUUCUCUUUAUUAGUCAUAUAUGCACAAGUGUAUGGCUUGAUAAUGUUCAGAGCACUAACCAAGUCAAAAAAAAAAAAAACCCUAGAUUUUCCUGGUGACUGCCUUUUUGGCCUUCAGAAAUAGUCCAUCGCACAGAUCAAGCAGGAACAGUACAGGAAAUCUUUUGGGUGGAACGAUACUGUUAUUAAAAUAUUUGCUCUUUUUUUUUCUUCCAUAGACAAAUCAUUGACUGCUCUCAGGAGUGUUUCUCCUUCCGUUUAUAUUACAGUUGUAAUAUAUUAUAAAUUUGUUGUGCAAAGUUAGCCCCACAUACAUUGUGCUGCUUGUCUGUUUAUUUCAGAAACUGGGGUUGGAAGAUUCCCAGAUUAUUAUGGAAUUCCUUCAGAACACCUUACAGCUGUCAUCAUUACAAAACAUCUCCACAGCAUUGCCUACAUUCACUCCUUUAUAACCCGAGGAAUAAAAAAUUGUUUGAGAUAAAUUUGAGGAAUAAAUAAAUGCAGAUACUGCCGCUUUCUGUUUCAGAUGUUGGUAUUGUCUGCCAGCAAUGGCAUGAAAACCAUCGAGUACAGAGCUGCUUCCUUGUACGUGCAUUGGUUGCUGCCAUGGAUGUGUGAAGUUCCACGAGACUGAUGUAAGACUCGCUGUCACUAGAAGGUCCUAAAACUGCACAGUUGCUUCCUCUAAUUUGCGUGUCUGAGACUGUAAAAGGUCUUGUACUAGUGAGGCUUCACUUUGUGUGUGGCACAGUGAGUGAUUUUUUUUUCCCUGUGAAAAUUCUGGGUAUUGAAGCCCAAAGGAGCACGGCAGUUGCCUGUUGCGCAUAAUAGCUCAAGAGUCCUGCUGCACCAGCACUUGGUGUUGAAGGAGGCUCUUGCAGAACCACUGCACUCUUCAGUGUUGACAACUUUAGUAGUACAGGGCCCUUACCAUGACGAUUUCUAUAGGGCAUUUCAGCCAUGAAGGAUGGACAGGGUUUUUCCUGUUUCUGCAGUCAUUGCUGUUCUGAUGUCUGUUAAGUUUUUACGUUGCUCUGAACUGGCUUAAGAAGUUGAGGUUAAGUAAGAAUUUACUGGCUUAGAACAGUAAGUGUCAAAAUUUGGGGUAAAAAAAUGAGUAAAAUCCUAUAGUGUCCGGUGUAAUUGUAAAAGACCCAUUACCUAAACCUGCAUGCCUGGGUUAGCAAACUGUUAAUGGUCAUUCUUCGUCAUGCACACAUUGACACCAAAAAAAGUUAUUGAUAGUGACAUUUUCUUUUGAAGUGUUGAUCAAAAGCUCUGUUGGCUGCCCACAGACAGUUCUGCAUUCUCUUAGAAAUGGCUCCCAGAACAGUUUGCCUACCUGGACAGAUUUGGGUGUUUUUUGGGUUUGUUUUCUUCAAAGGAAUGCUCAGGUUUGAAAAACCUAUUUGAAAACCAUGUGCUUCAAGAACACAGGAUGGAUUUCAAUGCACUUUCCAUUAGUAUUCUUCCUAAACAAUUCACAACUGUAGUUCAAUAGUAAGAGCAGUAUCUAGAACAUCAGAUAAGAACACACCAUGCUGGAAUGGGCUCUCAUUCUUUUGUAAAAGCUUGAUUCUCUGCAAUGCAAAACAGCCCCCUUCUCACAGAUGUGAGUCUGGACAUCACAGCACGUCAGAAGAUGGUUGUUCUCUGCUGCUAUGAAAGUGCUCAGUUGCGACCAUGUGGAGUUCAACUGUGGCUGGAUGAAAGAAAGCUUGGAAUAAUUGGCAGGUCUGUCCUGUAAAUCCCUUCACGAAUGGUCAGAAAGGCAGGAACCAGCACAGUGGGACAGAGUGCUCAGCAGCACAUACAGUACCACUUGGAUGAGCGAGCCACAGCUGGGAACCACAAAGUGUCCUCUGAAGCAAGGGAGGCAAACCAGGUACCUAGGGAGCACCAGAAGUGCUACCAGCAGAGCACAAAGACAGGGGUGAGUAAAUGUGAAUGGUGGCUGGUGUGAAAGGGGGGUGUGCAUAUGAAGGUCAAGACCCCUACAGCGAUGGUGAUGAUGCACUGCUAAAUUCAAUCUUCUGCCCCCACUGGAAGAACCAAUCUGGGACAUCUAUGAAACUGACCCGGGGCAGCUCCUUGUGGAGAACCUGACUGCCCAGCCCUGGUUAAGACCAGCUGUGGGAGGCAGAAGAGCCUCCUGCAGGAGCUGGGGUGCCAAGCUGGGGGACCAAGGAGAGCUGCGCACUGUCAGCAAGGAGGAACAGAAACGUCCAACCAAAGUGGCAUCCUCUGUGCAGGGUUGCAAAGCCAUUUCCUGGAUGAAAACAAAACUAGCUUUGAAUUGAUGUUGAAAGUGAACUGGAGCUUACUCUUCCUUAUGUGUCAUACCUGGAUAUGUAGCUGACACAUGGGGCCUUUUACCACAUCCACAACUGGCCAAGAUGGAGGAAUACAUACUGGUUUUCUGUGAGGCUGAGAAUUUCUUCUAUUUUUAGUUUUGAAGAGUGGAGUCACAGACCGGCAUUUCAUAUCCUAGAAACCUUGCCAAUGUUCUGAUGCCUUAGUCAGGAGAUGAAAUGGGGGCUCUUAGCACUACUGCUGUUUCUCACUCUGUUUUUACAAGUACAGAACUGAUAAGGCUUUUAGCUUCCCUUUGUUUCAGGACAUUAGUGAUAGUAUUUUCCUUCAAUUUCAACCUCAGAAGAAGCUCAGCUCCACUCGGCACAGUGAAGUACAUAGACAGGGAUGUAAUCUGAUUGGCUUGGCCUGUGUUUUUGCUCUAUUACUUAGUGUCAAUGCCCCAGACACUUUCUGUACCCAGCUUGCAAAAGACAGAUUAUACAUACAUGUCUGCAUUCUCAAGCAGAUAAAACAGCUGGGAUUUCCGAGGUGAGAUGGAACAGAGGUUUGACUGCGAAGUUCAGAGGUUUGGUGUUACUGUGUUCCCUGGACAUCGCCUGUGAACUCUGUCAGAGGCAGUUUGCAACCAGAUGGAUUUCUGACUUGAACCUUUAGCAGCAACGAUUCCCACAGCAUUGCCUUUGAUAUCUUAGUGUCAGUACUGUUAGCUAGCUCCAGUGACCCUCUGUUCCUUGUCCAUCAGAGUGUAUAAAUUUAUAUUCCCCAGCAUUCUGCUCAGCUGCAGUUAGCAAUGGUAGCACAGCACAAUGAAUGAGCCCAUGGAAGAUGCUCUGAUUGGAACAUGAAGGGUGAGGACAGAGCUGGGCCAAGAGUAAUAUAAAAUCACCACUAAGGCAGCAAGCAGAAAUGAAUUUAGAGCAAUAAAAAAAAGUAGAAGGGAAACAAGUUCAAACUCAGAAACUGAAGACUAGUAUAUGUUGACACUGGGAGCUAAUCUGAAAUGCAGUUAUUCACUAGGAGAGUAACAUGAAGGAAAACCUCAGCAUCACAAUGAGCAAAGAAGUGUGUUACAAAUUUCAAGUACUUUGCUCAUAUAACCAGCCACUACAACUCAGUAUGGCAGAGCCCAGCACCAGGCAAGGCACGAGGCUCUCAAAGCUGUUAACAGCUCUCCAACAGGAAGACUUCCCUGGCUUCCUCCACCAGCCCAUAUAACAAUGUAUUAAUUGUUGUUCUGGAGCUACGGAAGGAGAGGGAACAACUGAACCACUGACAUGGUCUGCAUGGUCUUGUGUGGGACAGAAAUUCAGGUGUCUACGGAUGCCUACAGAUCUAUAGACUGAGGGGAAUAACUCUGAAUCAGACUUGUUUGAUGACAGUUCUCCACUCCUCAGUCCCACUGUGCCCAUGCAGACUCCGGAGCAGCCAGCUGCACUGUGGGGAUCGGGUCAUGAAAGCUCUGAAAGAUGCCUCCCAUCUGCUGUUCAGAGCACCAGAAGAUCUUCAUUCUUGACUGACAGUGUGGCUGUGGUCUUAGCAUUCAUACAUGCUCAGUCUUCUGCUGGAAGUUAUUUUUCUUCCUGGAAAUCCCAAAUAGAGUGAAAAAUACAGUGUUUCUACAGAGAGUCAUCUCAGCUGCUGUUAUGAAUGACAUGAAUGACUGUUUUGCUGUAGGGAGAGAAAGAAACAGAGAAAGGAACAACCUUCCAUCUAUGACAAAUUGCUCUCUCUUUUUUUUUUACGUUUCUGUCAUUUGGAAUAACCUCAGCAUCUUUCAGUGUGGCUCUGUCUUGCUCUAAGUGGAAGUGAAUGUUGCUUUCUCAACAGUGUUUUCAAAUCAAGAAUUCUGCUUUGAGGAAAAGCAUUUGGCCAACUCUUCUAAGGAUUUCAUGUGUUGGUGCAUUUUCUUUUUAUAACUCAUCCAGCUAAAACCCAGGACAUGCUCAUGAGCAGCUGUAGUGGGGUGGCAAGAAUGAAAGGCAAAUCUUUGUAUUGUAUUUAUGGGGAGGGAAGGCAAAUUUGAGUAUGAAAUAAAUUCCUCGGUCCUAUCCUACAGAUAGGUAGGAUUUUGCCAGCAUGAGACAGCUCUUAUAGCCUUGAGUAUCACCUUGGCCCCUCAAAUUCAGGUGGGCUUUGAGGAGGUGUGGUGGCAGGACAUAAGAUGGAGAGGGGUGCAUGCCUUGUAUUUAAGGAAUGAAAGCUUUCAGUUAGUGUUUGGGAGAAGAAAAGAAGUAGCACUGCCAUGGUAUGGAUAGUAUAACGGAUUCCUCUUUCCUGCCAGGCUGUUAAAGGGUCAUCUUUUUGGUAGGCAUUUAGAGAAAACCCUCACCAGCCCUGAGCCUUACAGUUCUCUUUCUCAAAUAACAGAAUAUGUUGGAAAACAUUACGAUGGAGCCAACGCGUUUGAUCUCAGACCUGGUAUGAGAAAGGAUCUCUCAAGCUCACCGCAGGUGCAGAGGAGGCUCGGAUCACUUCAGUGAGAUGUGACCAGGCCAUGAGCUUGGCAAGGGUCUGUUGGAUUUGCCUGGGCAAACAAAACACCCUUUGUGGAACACCUUGACACCCUAAUGGUGAAAAGUGCUGUUCAAAUCUUAGGCUUUAUUUUUCCAGUUUGCACCAGUGAAGUGACCUGAGGACUGGCUGACAGCAUUUUGAAAGCUCAUUUCUGUGUGUCUAAGAACAGUGAUGGUCUCUGUUUUCCCCUCAGCAGACGCAGCCCCAGCUGACCUCUCCAGGAUUAUGAAUGGGAGUGGCAGUGCGGUGCAGCGCCUGACUCCUCAGCUGCGUGUCAGCCGUGUAGCUCUGAUGUCAGUAACUCCUCACCUCCUCUGACCCCGCUUGGCAGCGCGUGCUCUUGCCCAAAUAAGCAGCUCGUUUGCUUACACGCCAAGCAAACAGCCCUGAAAAGCCGAUACUGCUUCUUUUGAAGUACUGAAGAACUUUGCUGUUCAUUUGCAAGACCAGAGAGGCUGUGUUUUUCAGGCAAGCCACUCUGAAAUUCCUGUUGGAGCUGUUUACUCCUGUUUCUUCUCUGAGAAGCCAGUUGCUUCCAUUUUUUUCCCUACAGUGCCCAAGCAGCACUGCAAACAGCAUCGGUGUUCUAAAACUUCCCAGGAUAUGCCUUGCAUCAGCAUUUACCAUGAGAAAGGCAGCAUCUCCAGCUGUUCUGUGUACAGCAAUGACACCUGGAAGACCACUGAGAUGAUGGCAUCUGUCUUCCACUGAUACCAGCAUUAUGAGGAAGGGCACAGCCAGGUGAUUUUCUGACCACUUAUAGCUGUUUUCAGAUGAGAUCAUCUGCAAGAUGCUUUCCAACUUUUAGUCUCCUUGGAGGGAGUGACACUCUUGCUAUCCUGGAAAUCUGCAUUAGACCAGUUGGUUCAUGGUGGGGGCAGGCACAUGAACUAGACGCCAGAAGAAAAAGCACAUUUACUUUUCAGCAUCCUGAGAGGACGUGUUAUUUCAGGUUUCUGAAUACAGAGAAAUAAAUAAGCUCUAUUACAGGAAGUUCAGAAAAGGUAAGAGCAUAAGAAACUACCUUGUCUAGGGCUUCCCUGCUAGUCUCCCAGGCUGAUUAUUGUUAUAACAGGUUUCUAUUAUCUGCUCCCAAAUCUACUCAAAUACAGUAUUAAAGACUUCACAGUAGUCUAUGAUAUAUAGUUUAUAAUAGCAACUGGCAUCUGUAACAAUUAUGUGAUAUCGGCUGAAGGAAGCAUAAAUUAGGUUGAAGUUAUUUAAAUUUUCAGUGAUUUCCUCUUCCUGCAUGGUAUUCUUUUAAUCCAGGAUUAAAUUCUAAUUGUGGCUAAGUACUCAGAAAGCUCAUCAAUUUGAAUGGAAGUUUUAGGAACACAGCAUUUCUGAGGUUUGAGCGGGAAGUUGUGGGGUGUGAUUCUUACUAGGUUGUAACUUCUGGGGGUCUUGUGCCAAGCAAGCACAAAGUCAACAGAAGGAAUGAAGAGAGAAUCCUUUUCUCUGACAUAAUGGCAGACAACGAAUGAAAGUACGGUGUCUUGGGGUCUGCUCUCAUUUUUGCUACCUGAACAUUAUGUCACCUGAACACAUUAAGAUAAAAGUCUGUGUUUCUUUCAUAGUUUGGAUGUUGGAGCUGAACGAGAGAAGAAAAAGCACUGUUAAAAAGGAAACUCGCAUCUUCCUCACCAUGGUCAAAAAAAACCUGUGCGUAGUUUCACACUAUGGAAGAGGCAUACAUGAAGGUUUGCUUUGUUCUGGUAAUGGAUGCUUGAUGAUAUGAAUGAAUAAAACUUCACUGAAGCCAAUGCAGCUCUAUCAUACUGCUGCCUGUAACCAGUAGCCUCAUGAGUACAGUUAUCACCACUGCUUGUUCACCUUGACCUACCCAGAACUGGCUUUUAGCUGGCUUAGCUGUGACAGAAGGUUUAGUUGCUUUUUUUUAGUUUUGUUUUUAUGAUUGGAUGACUAUUUCCUCAUUUGUUUUACUUGCUUUUGCGAUUGUGAUAUAACCAUAACUUUUGUACAGGUAGCAAGUGACUCUUCUGCGUAGAAUGCCAAAUGAAAUGCUUAAGUUGCAGUGUUGCAGCGUAGGAGAACAUGGGCCUGGCAUGGCAGUGUUGCCAGUGGUGGUACAGGAGGCAGCAGAGGGGAGUGCAGACAUGGAGUGAUGGGAAAAGGGAGCACAGGAUGUCUGUGGAGGAUUCAGGGAUAUGAGAAGCUCAGCAUGAACAGUCAAAUGCAAACCUGGCAGCAAUAUAAGCCUGCCAUUAGGCAUAGCAGAGAAAAUAUAUAAAAGGUAUACCAUGUAUGUAAGAUGCAUUUCAUACAGUAAAUUCAGAUGUAACGUGGAGUUUCAGACCAAAGAUGGAGUUUUGGACCAAAGCAAGGUGUAAAGCAUUAAGAAAAAUGUAUAGAAAUAGUCCCAAGUGGAGAGUAAAAUGAGAAGGAGGAAAUCAGCAGCUUGUUUGUAAUGUCCAUAAACUCUGCAUGAAAUUGCAGCACUGAGCCAGUUAAACUUCAUUAAGUUCAUGGCAGAAACAUGUUAUCUGCAAAACAUUAUUUAUAGGAUGUAAUCACAUUCUUAACUGAAUUUGCCAAGUAACCUAGUAUGGGAGCCGGAAUGUGGCUUGGACAUAAAAACUUAGGGAAUGCAUCAAGUGCAAAGUUAUCAUGGCAAGAUGUCACACACAGGAAAGGAACAUUCUAAGACUGAAUGGGUAUGUUUUGAAACAUAUAUGGUCCAGCAUGUGUUGCAUUAUGAUCACUCUUCAGCUUAAAGAUCCUGGAUGUGUUUUUCAGCUAUGCGGUCUAAGGUGGUUGCCACCAGUGGAACCUCAGGAAUGAAAAAGAUUCAAGUCUGCUUUCUUAGAAGUAGGUGUUCCAAGCAGAGUGCAACUAGCACAGUCAUUCCCAUUUAUCUAUUGAUGAGUUUUAAGCACUACUGGCCUGAUCCAAUGUUUAUAGGACAUUAAGGUGACUGUUAUAUGAAACCCUGAAUAAAUAAUUUCAACAAGUCUGUUUUCAUGGAAGCAGUGUACAAACACAUGAUCUGAUUUUUGGAAAAUCAUCUUUUACUGAUAUUGAAUGUGUUUUCUUACUACAUCAAGUCCAUAGGCAUAACCUAUAGUCACAAGAUAAUUCUUUGCAAGGCUAAAUUCUGUCUUGUUGGAGAUGGUCUAUUUUUUUAAUUUGAUAGGGAUUAUAAUGAAAAACGUGUAGUGGAACAGGCUGCCCAGAGAAGCUGUGGGUGCCCCGUACCCGGAGGCCGGGUUGGACGGGGCCGUGGGCAGCCUGAGCUGGUGGGAGGCAGCCUUGCCCACAGCAGGGGUUGGGGCUGUGUGGGCUUUGAGUUCCCUUCCAACCCAAACCAUUCUGUGAUUAAAGUCUAAGCAUACUCUGAGCUGAUUUACUUAAAGCACAUAUAAUGCGUCAAGAGGACAAGAUCUCAUUUUUCAACAGUGAGGGAAAAUCCAGCUGUACUUGGAAUGUAUAGUAUAAGGUUCAUAAUGGUAUAAAAAGAGUCGUUGUUCUUAAGGUAGAGGUUGUAAACUGUUUUCCCUUUAUUUGAAACUAGUAACUAUGCAGCUGGUAAAGUAACUUCAGAGUUGAUUUCUUCUGCUGUACUGAAAUUACAUUCUCAGGCUAUGAUUUUUUUCUUUUAUUAAAAACUCUGGGAGAUAUUUUUCCUCCAAAUGUCAUUUGAACUAAAAUUCUAAGGGGCUUCAGUGAAGACAAAAAGACAAAAGUAAUGGCAUUUCACUGAUAUAUCAGUACGCACUGCACUUGUUGGUGUGUCUGUAAACCUGUAGGUUAUGUGGUUGUCUUUUUGUCAGACACACUCUUCAUUCAGGAUUUCUGUAAGUAGGAAUUAUAAGGAUGCGAGGAAAUCUGCUGUCUUCACUGGUCACAGGCUCACAGCUUGUACUAAGAGACAGGAUUAGUGAAUAAGAACAGGUUGGAAGGCUACAAAGCUCCUGUCCCUUGCCAUUUCCUUCUUUAGGUUAUUAGUCUCAUCGAAGAACUUCCCUGAAUAGUCCGAGCAGGAACAGAAGAAAAGGCUGGAUUUAUUUUAUGUUUCCUGGUGUUUGGGACAUACUGGGGAAAAGGCAAGUUCUGGUCAUAAGCUUUGCUGAAAAUGUCUCUCCAGUUGUCUCCACAGGCGCCCUGGAGGAACAACAACAUCAGUUUUCUGAGCAGGGAAGCUGCUGUCACAGAACAAGGAGAGACCAUUAUAGGUUUCUACCUACUGGCCUUAGGUUGGAUGUCUUGGUUUGGAAACAGUGUUGUGAUUUUUGUCCUGUAUAAACAAAGACAUGUUCUGCAGCCCACUGACUACCUUACGUUUAACUUGGCUGUAUCAGAUGCCAGUAUUUCUGUGUUUGGUUAUUCACGAGGGAUCAUUGAAAUAUUCAAUGUCUUCAGAGAUGACGGAUUCAUUAUCACAUCGAUAUGGACUUGCCAGGUUGAUGGUUUCCUCACUCUUCUCUUUGGCCUGGCUAGCAUUAACACCCUCACAGUGAUCAGUGUGACCCGCUACAUAAAAGGCUGCCAGCCUGAGAGAGCUCACUGCAUCAGCAACAGCAGUAUGACUGUGGCUAUGGCCCUCAUCUGGAUAGCAGCCUUUUUCUGGUCAGCAGCUCCACUGCUUGGCUGGGGCAGUUAUACAGAUCGCAUGUAUGGAACUUGUGAGAUAGACUGGGCAAAGGCCAACUUCUCUACGAUCUACAAGUCCUACAUAGUCUCCAUUUUUAUCUGCUGUUUCUUCCUACCUGUAACAGUCAUGGUCUUCUCAUAUGUGUCAAUUAUCAAUACCGUCAAAUUAAGCCAUGCAUUAACAGGACUCGGUGAUCCCACAGAUAGACAGAGGAGAAUGGAGCGUGAUGUCACCAGGGUCUCUAUUGUUAUUUGCACAGCCUUCAUUAUUGCAUGGUCACCAUAUGCUGUUAUCUCUAUAUGGUCUGCUUACGGUCACCCUGUGCCCAACCUUACCAGCAUCCUUGCCAGCUUGUUCGCUAAGUCUGCCAGCUUCUACAAUCCUAUUAUCUACUUUGGAAUGAGCUCCAAAUUUCGGAGGGACAUUUUUAUCUUGUUUCAUUGUGCCAAGGAAGUCAAGGACCCUGUGAAGCUCAAACGUUUCAAAAACCUCAAGCAAAAGCAAGAACCUUCUCAGAAAGAAGAGAAGUAUGCAGCAGAAAUGCACCCUGCACCAAGCCCCGAUUCCGGUGUAGGAAGUCCAACCAACACGCCACCUCCAGCAAACAGGGAAGAGUAUUUUGGUAUUCUUGACACACCAUCUAAUAACCCUGACAUUGAAUGUGAUAGACUGUAAGUUUUGUGGCCACUUCACACAUGCACCCACCUUGUGUUUGGGAAGACCCUCUUCCGAUCACUGAGUGAUACCCCAACACCCAAUCCAUCUGUUUCUUGCUAUAGCACUGACAAUUACACAACUCAAGCAAAUCAGAUAACAAAGAUAUUCCUUUGGUGUAGGUGCAAAAUGCUACAAAACACACUACAACAAGGGCAGCACACCCAGUGACCAAAACAUUCAAUUUUCACACAUACAAAAGGAAGGCUCGCUUGUGAAGAACAGGCAUUAACCAACCAAAAAAUAUUAUUAUGUUCCUAUCCCAAUUUUAUUAAUCAUGAGAUUAUACAUUUCCAAAUGUAUUUUUUUACUCUUCUACAGUCCCAGCCGUAGAGGAUCUCUUUAGCUCCAUGGUGCAGCACAGUCCCCUGCCAUAGGAGAAGAUGGGCCCCCUGAGAUCACAGCAGAGCUGCUGCUCCAGUACUGCAAGCUGGCAGGCAAAGCUGCUGCUCCCUGGGAUAGGGAAGUAAGGGUGGAAUUGCCGUGCCCACAUGGGUAUGCAUCUGACUGCCUGUGCAUGCCCAAUUCCACACGUCUACACAAGUGCUAGGAGAUGUAGGUCUGGGUAUUUUGUAGUCACUGUAGGCUUAACAGAGACUUUACACUUUUCCUUGUUUGUUUCCAGAAUUAUUUCCAUCUUCCCUGACUUUUCCAGUGAGCAGCACCUGGCUGUAGCAUGCACAUGCCCAAAAGCUGGCUUUAACCUUCCUGACGCGUCUCUCUCUCAACUGCUUUUCUAGAUGACUGUUAAGGUGGAGCACGAGAUGUUUGCAGUCAAUGAAACUAAUGACUGUAAGCUUGCAAGAGUACUGAAAAAUUAUGACAUCAGAGCUAUUUACAAAAUAUAAUUGAACACUCUACUGCUGCUUUUAAAUAAAGUUUUUAUACCCAUCUAUGGGUAAAGAAAAGGACUUCUAGACAAAUGCAAAUAAGCAGCAACAAAGGAUAGUGAUUUAAAUAGCAGAACUGUAAGAUUAAACCAGCAGUGAGAAUGUCUGAUACAAUAAUACCCAAUUAUUCCAUCAAUUUUAUUUUACAGAAUGAAAGCAAGGAGGCACAUAUUCAUAAUUCCCCAUCUUAGUAAUUAACUGAGUGCUCAGAUUUCCAUCACAACGUCUUUGUAUUAACCCUGGAAAUUCUGUGGGUUCAUCCAGUGCCAUUUGUAUGCUACACAAGGGUGGGGAAAAAAAACAACAAAAUGAUUUGUUGCUAACCUCAGUGAUAUUUAUGACCUUGUGGAAUCUUUUACCCUCAGGGUACGCUAAGAUUUAAUUGUUUUCCAACAGUUUGUAACUUCCCCCAAGAAACACAUUUGGAAAAUCAAAGCCAGCCCACCUUCAUUCCCUCCAUUACUCUAUUUGUUUUGAGAAAAUCAUCUGUGUUUUGAAGUUAAAAAGAAAUAAACACUAUAAGCAACAGUCAGAAACUGUUUCCUUUCACAGCCAAAGGAUCUGAACUACAAGAAUAUUCAUCUGCAUGGAAAAUUUUGAGAUAUGGGUGCUAUUUCAUUACCAUAAAUAAUUAAAAGCAAAUAAGUAAACUGUUGAUAAAAGCGCAUGCCACAACUGCAGAAACAGAUGAAGCCAUUUAAGGCAAACCCCAUCACAGCUGGAUGAAGGCAGGCUAGGCCAGCCAAAGCUGGCACAAAGUUUUAAAAGCUUCUAUGUCUAACCCCAAAUCCUCCUUGGCAGCCCCACCAGACUGAGCUUAGCCACUGCUGCACACACACCCAGAGGUCACUUGGGGAGGAGUGCCACACAUCCCAUUGGGUGCAGCUCACAGACGUACCUGCAGUGACUGGCACUCUGGGCACUGGCAAUAGCCAUGGAUGUCUGGUUAACAUGUAAUCUACAUUUCUGCUUAUUUACGGAUGUUGAGGGAAAGCACAUGUGCCACUGCACACAUACACAGCCGUGAGGGAGAGACAGGGGAGCUAAAUGAACCAGAGUAGGAGCAGAGCAGAGGAGCAACAUAAGAGGGGAAGAAGCAGAUAAUGCAGGGAAGCGAGGCAUCAACAGCCGAAGGGGACAUACCUGCCCAAAGACAACUAGAAACUGGCAAUGCAGCAAAAGCCUUGACUGGACAGUACCAUGCCUAAGGCUACAGUCCUUGUGGAUACAGGGUAGUAUCAUGAACCUGCAUGACUGUAGAGCGGAACAUCUGGUUUUGCAGGUUACUUGGGGGGGAAAGAGAAUGGAUGCCUUUGCAGGCACCUACCUGUGCUCCAGGCCCCAUAACAGCACAUUUGUCACAGGAGUUACUUAGGUUGUUAGGCUUCCAGCCCUGAAGCAUCAGUGUUCUGUAGCUGCACGCAAGAUACCUGCAAGUGCCUGAAGACAGGAAAAAACAUCCAGAACCAGUUAGUGCUCAAGUGAAGGUAAGGGGAUACCCUUCAGGGUUUCAACUGUGCAAAUCCACACACAUCAACCUGUAAAACAGUUCGGCUCCAUCCCGCUUUCCUGUUUUGUAUUUCUUCCCCUUGUCUCUGGUCUCACACUUGCCUGGAGGAGGCUGGGCCCUGCUCCUCUGCUUGCUGAGCCCACGUCACUGGCCUCAGAGAGCCUAAAAGAGUGCAGGGGUUAAGAGCACCAGCAAGGGGAAACACAAUAUGAGUGUACUGAAUGGGCACAACAGAGUCCCAGGCUCUCUUCCCUAUGCUUUUUUGUGCCUUUUACUCAGCAACAAGGAAGUACAGUGUAAGGGCAUACAGAAGUCUUGAGUCAAGUUGCUCCUCCUCCACCAACUCUGCUGCUCCCCAUACCUCGGAUUUUCUUUUACAAUGGAUAAGUUUUGCUAGGAGAGAUGUAAGAGGGCUGUUGUCAUGGCUGAUGCUCUGGUGAUGAGGAUGCUCACUCAGAAAACUGCAGCUUUGAAUGCUCCCAGUCUAAGAUGGUCUCAGAAGGGAGGUCCCAAGCCCCUCACCGAAGCAAAGGCCUAGACAGCUCAGAAGCAGGUAGAAGUACUGUGUUUGUUUUUAAUAUGGUAGGACAAGCACUUCUAUCAUUUCCAGGGAUGCUCUCAGCAUUUACUGGCUUGUUCCAGCAGGAUUUGAGACAUCCAUUAGCUCUCCCUCACUCCUAGAUGUAAGGAACCCAGCCAGCAAACCUGGCAAUGCUGCUAGCUAUUUGUUAUCUAUCUCUGCACUCUCAUCCCUGUUGGCAUUGCUGAAACACAGCAAAAAUGACAUACCUCAGCAUAGCAGAAGUCACUCUGCAAAAAGCUUGAAACACUAAAGCCACCCUUUAAAUAUGCCUUUAACUACUCUAUAUUUUCAUUUCCAAACGUUGCCUAACAUUUCUGAUUAGAUUUUCAUUAAUACACUCAAGCAGUUAAAUUUGUAAUAGCUACACAAUUAAUUAGUGUAUUUACACAUGUAUCAAAAUCUCAUCAACUCUUAUUUCUUAUUAUAUUAUUCAUAAUAUUCAGCAUACCAGUGUUACACCACAAUCACUGCAGUUGUCAAUACUUGCACUGGCAUAGUGGCCUAGCAGGUGGAUUACAGUAUCCCUGUUAUCAACACAACCAUUCUACUUGGGCUACAUAGCUCAAGCAAUGAAGUUGAGUCAGGAUUACUUGUGUUCAAGUUCCACACAUAAAAAUAGUUGCUUCUAGUUUGAGGGGGAAAAAAAAUAAAUAAAGCUAUCAUUUGCUUAUUUAUGCCAAGAAAACCUUUAGGGCUCACAUUUUCCCUGCUGAUAUAGUUGCCGAGCUGAAAAUCCCUCUGGGGGAUUUGUGAGCGUGUAGUUGGAGGGACAGCACACUGCAGGCCAGUCCCUGUUCUCAGUGCUAUUUAUGCCUUUUUAUCUAAUGACUCAUGUAAAGCAUUUCUUGUAGCAGAGACAAGAAAACAGGAAAUCACCUUCACCCCUGUGAAGACAAUGACUUUACAACAGCAUGAACUACUAAGUAUUGCACUCUUGCAGGGUCUUUUUCCACCCCAAUAAAUCCUUCUUUCUUUGCCGCAUGGACUGACAAGAUAAGGGGGAUACAGACUGCGCCCGUCAGAGUAAGUCCUACAGUUGCCACUACCCAAAGGAGUGAUAGAUGGAGACAAGAUUCUUUCCCAAGGUUAGGGCUAGACUAGAACUCCAUUCUUCUACCCCAUGAAUGUGCUCAUCCUUGGGCAAUAAUGAAAAAGGUGUGUGAUACAACUACACCCGUAUUUUCAACUAUCUGGAUAACCAAACACUAUUUAUAAACUAGAUUAGCAGGUCAGAUUCUCUUGCAAUGCUGUGUCUGGUCUUCUGCCUCCCUCUCAGAUUGCUGAAGGCUUGGAUUCUGAAACUUUUCAAUACAUCAACAAACGCAAAGGACUUCCGCAAGUCCUUUGGGAACUCUGAGGACCAAAGCAAAGGUGCCUGCAGGGACAAAUGGGUCUGUGUCUACUAUGCCUAAUUUCUGCAUAAUGUGAAGACCCUACAGUAGUCAUUCCCCCAUUCCUUCAUAUAUUGAUGAUCGAAGCAAUAUGGAAGAGCCAUAAUUAGGGUGGCUCUAAGGGUGGUUAGCAUAUAUUCCUGCUUUCUUGGAGAAGGCAAUUCAGGCAAUUCCAGAGAAAGAUGGAAACACAAUCUCUUCCAGAAGAGCAGUGUACAGAUACUACUGGACACAAAGACACAUACAUCCUGUGAGACCUGGAUGCCUCUUGUAAAGCUUGAUAAAUUAGGUGCAGUCUAAUAUAACUCUCACAGUCUGAGUGUGGGGAUCUAAACAAAUUGCUCUGACUGCAGUAGAGGACGGUAGUUUACCAUCUGGCCUACACUUUUAUCUACAGUUUUGAAUAUACAAGUAUGUAUUUAAUACAUUUCUGAAACUCUGUUUUCUGGAUUAGAUUUUUUUCAUAUUUGUAAUCUAUAUAACAAUAGCUUAUUAUAAAAGGGUGGCAAGAAUACAUUCUGCUUGAGCAGCAGGAGAAGAACAAGAAUAAAUACAAGACUCAAAGGAUGUCCAAAUAGUACUACAAUAAAAACAAAUCAGAUAUUUACUAAAUGGAAAAUAAUAAAAAAAAUAGAGUCACACUGGAAUAAUAAAAAUAGAAAGAACCAUCUACCAGCUGUCUGUGCCAAUAAUCAUCAACUUUAAUGCUCAAUGAAUUAGAUCAUAAGCC